GCACUUUCUACCAACUGACUUGCUUUGUUGGGCCAGGCUGUCUGCUUACAGCAUCCCCAAGUAUAUGUCUAAACACGCUGAGACAAAAAGACCUUCUGGAACUGUGCUCCUCAGCCUUUGAAGUUAGCGGAAGCCACGUGUGCGCCUUCAGUCACUCAUUGGUAUUUUCAUCUGUGCCUGGUCAAGGCCUUCCUCUGCCUAGCUGUGCAUCCGCUUGGUAAUAAAAAGCACACCCCUGAAUGCCCUUAAGUGUACAACCAUUCUGCACAGUAUUUGGAUAAGGUGAACCAAGCAGUAAGGUACAUGUCCUGAAAUAAAGCGUAGCACUGCACAUGUACAAACAUGCAUGAGUAUUUGUGCAGUGUCUUCUCAAAGAACAGUAACAACCCUGUGUUGCGCAGCAUGCUCCUCAUGGGGAGUGCAACAUUUGUGCCAUCAACUUUCAAAAUUAUUGUUUUGUUACAGAGCCUGAGUACAUUGCAGGGUAUAAUAAUAGCAGAGCAAAAGGCAAUAAAACAAUGGUGAGGUGUAAUACACAGGCAAAACAAUGAAAGAUAAUUGCUUCAUUUGAAUGCAGCAUUUUAGGAUGUUCCGGUUUUGUAAUACUUGAUGGGAGAAUUUAAGCAGAAGUUUUUAAAGAAGGAAAAAGAGGCUGGCAUGGAGGAGAGGAUCUUUCAAGCAGCAGUGGUUUCCCUGAUGAAAAGGCAGAAGGCUGCAAGUGGGGUGAUUUAGCGGGCAAACAGGGUGGAGAGUGAAGGUAACAUUAGGGACUAAGCCUCUGGGGUAAUUUUGCGAAGCUUGACUGUGACCCAGAAGAUGGAGGGAAGUUAAUCUAGAUAAGCUUGAAAUGGAGGAUGGGGAGAAGGAAAAAUGCAAGGGAUGGUGGAAUUUGGUUUGUCUGACUUCCAGGCUGCUGUGAUUACAUAUUUCAAAAAGAUAAAGUCAGAUAAUUAUGACACCUGGGUGCUGCUGCAGAGUCGAUAGGAAUGCAUCUUAAUUCGCACACAGUCUAUAAAUCGCUUUUUCCUCAUGAAAAACGUGUUUGUUACUGCUGUUGCAACAGAAUACAUAAGCUAUCUGUAAAGGAAAAAAACCACAAUGCUUCUCAGGUGAGGGGGGAAGAAAAUCACCUGCUAUUGCAGUGCUCAGGAAUAGGUAGGGAGGGAUAAAGAAGCUUGCAGUGUAAUCCUGCAGGAUUACAGCUCGCUCUGUCUCUCUGGCCCCGUCUCCUAUCAGAUAUCCUAUAGACGGAGGAUGCAGUCACAUGAUUGUUACUGCUUCCUCCCCAUGACAUCAGUGCUUUGCAGCCAUACCACCAAAGAAAGGAUGCUUUCAAAAUCUUUGGGACUGGGCUAAAUGAUGUUGAAUUGCAGACCCUAAUAUGGUUAAUGCAGGAGAAAUGAAUGGUUCUGGCAACCUGAUGGAUUUUCUGGAUGAGCCUUUUCCUGAUGUUGGGACUUACGAAGAUUUCCACACUAUUGACUGGCUGCGAGAGAAAUCACGUGACACUGACCGCCAUAGGAAGAUUACAAGCAAAAGUAAGGAAUCCAUAUGGGAAUUCAUCAAGAGUUUGCUGGAUGCCUGGUCGGGAUGGGUGGUAAUGCUUCUCAUAGGACUACUGGCAGGCACGUUAGCCGGAGUGAUAGAUUUAGCUGUGGAUUGGAUGACAGACCUGAAGGAAGGUGUCUGCUUGUCUGCAUUCUGGUACAGCCAUGAGCAGUGCUGCUGGACGUCUAAUGAAACGACCUUUGAUGACAGAGACAAAUGUCCCCAGUGGCAGAAAUGGUCUGAACUUCUUGUAAACCAGUCAGAGGGUGCGAGUGCUUACAUUCUAAACUAUUUUCUGUACAUUCUAUGGGCUCUAUGUUUUGCUUUCCUGGCAGUCUCCCUGGUCAGGGUGUUUGCUCCCUAUGCCUGUGGCUCCGGAAUCCCAGAGAUAAAAACCAUCUUGAGUGGGUUCAUUAUUAGGGGCUACCUGGGAAAGUGGACACUUUUGAUUAAAACAGUCACCUUGGUUCUGGUGGUAUCUUCAGGCCUCAGCCUUGGGAAAGAAGGGCCCUUAGUCCAUGUGGCCUGUUGCUGCGGAAACUUCUUCAGCAGCCUUUUCUCAAAGUACAGCAAGAAUGAAGGAAAGAGAAGAGAGGUUCUUUCAGCUGCGGCAGCUGCAGGAGUUUCUGUUGCCUUUGGGGCUCCAAUUGGAGGUGUACUUUUUAGUCUGGAAGAGGUCAGCUAUUACUUUCCCCUGAAAACCCUCUGGAGGUCGUUUUUCGCUGCUCUUGUGGCUGCCUUCACGCUGAGGUCCAUCAAUCCUUUUGGAAAUAGCCGACUGGUCCUUUUCUACGUGGAGUACCAUACUCCCUGGUACAUGGCCGAGCUCUUCCCCUUCAUUCUUCUUGGUGUCUUUGGUGGCCUCUGGGGGACCCUCUUUAUCCGCUGCAACAUUGCCUGGUGUAGGAGGCGAAAAACCACCAGGCUCGGGAAAUACCCAGUCCUGGAAGUUAUUGUGAUAACAGCUAUCACUGCCAUCAUCGCCUACCCCAACCCGUACACCCGGAGGAGCACCAGUGAGCUGAUCUCGGAGCUCUUCAAUGACUGCGGUGCUCUGGAGUCCUCCCAGCUCUGCGACUACAUCAAUGACCCAAACAUGACCCGGCCAGUGGAUGACAUUCCUGACAGACCUGCUGGCCCUGGAGUCUACACUGCCAUGUGGCAGCUCGCCUUGGCUUUGGUGUUUAAAAUUGUCAUUACAAUAUUCACUUUUGGCAUGAAGAUUCCUUCAGGCCUUUUCAUUCCCAGUAUGGCUGUUGGAGCCAUGGCUGGCAGGAUGGUUGGAAUUGGAGUAGAGCAGCUGGCAUAUCACCAUCAUGACUGGAUCAUCUUCAGGAACUGGUGCAGACCUGGGGCAGACUGCGUCACACCAGGACUUUAUGCUAUGGUGGGAGCAGCAGCUUGCUUGGGUGGUGUUACGCGAAUGACAGUCUCUUUGGUGGUGAUUAUGUUUGAGCUAACUGGAGGCCUGGAGUAUAUUGUACCUCUUAUGGCUGCAGCUGUCACAAGCAAGUGGGUGGCAGACGCCUUUGGGAAAGAAGGGAUCUAUGAAGCUCACAUUCAUCUGAACGGUUACCCAUUUCUAGAUGUGAAGGAUGAAUUCACCCACCGAACUCUGGCAACAGACGUCAUGAGACCAAGGCGUGGUGAAGCUCCUCUUUCUGUUCUGACACAGGACAGCAUGACUGUGGAGGAUGUUGAGACAUUAAUCAAGGAAACUGACUACAAUGGCUUCCCCGUUGUGGUUUCAAAAGACUCCGAGCGACUUAUUGGAUUUGCACAGAGACGAGAGCUCAUUCUUGCAAUAAAGAAUGCAAGACAGCGUCAAGAUGGGGUGGUGAGCAACUCCAUUGUGUAUUUCACUGAAGAUCCUCCAGAACUGCCACCCAAUAGUCCCCAUCCUCUGAAGCUGCGGCGUAUUCUCAACCUGAGCCCUUUCACUGUCACUGACCACACACCGAUGGAGACUGUGGUAGAUAUCUUCCGGAAACUUGGACUUCGACAGUGUCUUGUCACUCGCAGUGGGAGGCUGCUGGGUAUCAUAACUAAAAAGGAUGUAUUACGACAUAUGGCUCAAAUGGCAAACCAGGACCCUGAAUCUAUCAUGUUUAACUAGACUGUUAAAGGAAUAAGAAAGUAAUCCCUAAGGAACCCCUUCUAGAUUAACACAGAGGUGUUCAAUGUUUCUUUUUUUUUCAGAAGAAAAUGUAAUGUGUAUGAGGAUUAAUGUAAUUUGUCUCUGACAGAGGGCGUGGAUGCAGGAUGGCACUUAUUUAAUGAGGAGGGCAGUUUAGAAGCUCUGAGCAGCUGCAGACAUCAAGCUGUGUUUUCUUAAUGAGUUUCUUAACAGCUCAGUUAAGCAUUGGUGGGUGUAAGUGAUGUGGUGCUGAGAGACAAAGAGCCAGGAGCACCAGAGGGAUGCAUCAACAUUCACAGGAACUCAGGAGACAGGUGUGAAGACUAGCAGACACUGUUUUUGUAUAAACUGUUAACAAAGAUUUGUGUUCCAAACUAGAGAGUGUGUAUAAGCAACGUCAGUUGUUUUUAUUACUGAAACCAUGGCUAUUUAUUUGCUAUUGAUUUAUACCAUUUUCAUAAGGAAAAAGAAAGUCAUAUUUUAAAGUCAAAGAUUUUGUCACCUUCACUUAUUUUUGUAAAAGUUAAGUAAAUUCAGGACUGAAAUUAAAGGAGCAAGAGCACACUUCAAUUCACUUUAAAAUAUAGUGGCUCCUGCUCCCAGCUUUAGUCCUUCGAAUUUUACAAUUUAUAUAUCUAUACAGUUCAAUAUUUCUGUCAAUCAGCUUUUCUUUAUUAAUGUUGAAAUGUGAUUUACUUCUAAGGAGCAUGAGGAAAAACUUCUUUACUGUGAGGGUGACAGAGCUUGCCCAGAAAGGCUGUGUGUGAAUAUCUUUGGAGAUAUUCAAAACCCACCUGGGUGUGAUCUUGGGCAAUGUGCUUGAGCAGGGGGAUUGGAAUAGGAUCUUUAGAGGUCCCUCCCAACCUCAACCAUUGUGCGUGUGUGGUUUCCUAUUUCUCUAUGCAAUUUUGCGUACAGAUACUGUAAUACUUAGUAUUAUGUGGUUUGCCGUGACAAUAGAAAAAAGCAUGAAAGCCCAUGAAGGAAUUUUAAAAGGCGUCAAAAGGGAGAAUGGUAUCCAGCUCCCAUCAGUGCUAGUGACAAGAGAUUGAAUACUUCACCUGUCACUCUUUGUGUAAAGAGAAAUUGUCAUUUUUCACAGAUUAAUGAAGUUCUGCAUUGAUUCCUGAUUCUCCACUUAGUUCCUUUCCUUCACUGGCUUUUCUUGAUGCUUGUCUGCACCUGCCAAGAGAUUGUUUAAGUUAAUUUAACAACCACAGACAUUUAUUCCGUGGCAUAUUUGUUCUUUAUGCUGCAUCUGCCAGUCACAGGACUGCAGAAUCCCUCCCCAUUGCACUGUGGAAGGGAUAAGGGAUCAAAUGGACUAAGGAUGCAGUCAACAAUAGAAAGGCUUUAAUUAUUUAUCUGUUUGUAUCAAGAAAACAUAAUUUAACACCCCCACAUAGGGAAUUCCAAGCCACUCAGGUAAAAAUGCUACAUUUUCUUACACCUUUGCUCUAGUCCUUUAUGAGAUACAUGGAGUCAACAUUUUCUGUGUUAAUAUACUAGCACUUUAGUCAUUACUGCUUUCAGUAAUAGGUGACCAAAUUCUACUCUCAGUAACACCUAAUCCCCACUGCCCAGAGUUUGGUUUAUAAGCUUACAGAUAAUGACUGGAUGAUAAAUUAAAUGCUCUGAAUCCCCAUCAGGAGGGCCUUCUGAGUGCCUGAGACUCUGAACCACUCAUUUAGGCAGCUAAAAUCUCUACCAUUUUCAUUCAAACUUACACAGGUAACAGUAGCUCAAGUCUAUUACACCCAAAAGCUUUUCAAAGAGAGAUGAGAAGAGUAUGCCUGAAGAACCAGACAAAAGCCAUACUAUUGAGCCAACCUGAAGGCACGAUCAUUGUGUCCCUGAACUGAGACAACUGGCCAGGUGCACUCUAAGUUAGAUGCCCAAAGUUACAAAUUCCUACUCUUAUCUACAGUGACCUUGCUUCCUUCUGGCAGGUGUUCUACUGCAUUCAGACAAAGUAUGGCCCAAACUGUUUAAGGAAAAGAAAGAGAUAAUUUUAAUCUGCUAUGUACAGCAUUUAACAGUAGUGUUUGCAAUAGACUGACAUAAAUACAUGCAGCCCUGACCAAAUCCCCUAAAUAUUGAAGUGAAUAUUUCUUUAACUGAACAUCUGCAGUAUGGUGUAUUAUUAAAGGCAUAUUGUUAAAACUACAUAAACCAUAGGACUGUGUAAUCCUUCUGAAAAUAGGAAAUGCAACGUAAUGUUGUUGUUUCUUUUGUUUUUCUAUGAAGCAGUCAUCAAUGAAACUCAUUAAAAAACAACCAAGUCAACCACAAAUCUCAUGAAAAUUGGAUUCCAUCAUCUGAAGAGGGAUACCAUUAUAAAAAUCAGUGGUUUCCCCAAACUAAACCCAAAUGGGGUUUUGUACAAAUGUCAGGUUCUGCUCCAAAUUACUAGAAUCUAAAUAGACUAACUUGAGGGCAAUUUUUUUUUUCUGAAAUUAAAACUGAAAGACUGUGUUUUACUUUUCACUUUUAUAGCUCCUAAUGUUAACACAUGCUUGAUGAACACUUUCUGCAUCUCCUUUUAUGUUUAUAUGGGAAGUAAGUAUGCAGACUCUCCCCUCUUCAACACUUCUAAUUACUUUUGCUCAUAAGGCAAGAGAAAUAAGUUAAGUUCAUUUAUUUGCUAUUUGAAUUCAAACUCUCUGCUUCACAUAUGCCAAGGAAAAAAAGGAGGUCUUAAAGAUUUCUCUGUUAGCUAGGCAAAUUUCAGCCCAUGCCCCAUUAGAAUUUAUUCCAUGGCAGAGCUAACUUUGAAGAGCAUUCACUAAUAGAUAUUUGCUAAGAAGAAUGAGGAUGGUACAUCAAUGCUGAAAAAAUUCUUGUUUCCUGAGUGAAAGAUUUUGAAUCGGAUAAGAUUAAACUGAUCACAAAUACAAACUCAUUUAGUAUAGACUUGGGUUAUCUGUUUAAACUCAGUUCAUGGCUAUGCACAGGCUAAUUCCCCAUGAUACCCAGAGGCCUGAUCCACUAAAAUGAACAGCCAGCUCUGUGAUGUUUUCUCAGCUCAUCUUACUGGGUUGUAUAUAAGGAGACUUAAGGGUUUAAGAACAAGAUCCAUAAAACCAGCACAAUGGUUUGUAAGAAACAACAACAGAAAGAACUGUGGCUUUGACUCUAGGACUACCACCCAAACAGAAGACAGGGAAAUGGGGGUUCAGAUCUUUUUUAACGAACAUAUUCCUCCUUAGAUGGAACGAUUUAAAUAUUUAAGAGGUCAAAGAAAAAGCUUUGGACAUGCAACUUGUGUACAUGGAUGGAUAGAUUGUUGUUCCUUGUUCCAACAUCUGUUUAAAAUACAUCAAAGUCAGAGCAGGGACUAAGAUCUAGUUGCCAGAAACAGCAUAGCAAUAGCUAAAUUCAGCUGAUUGGUAUUAUCAAAGAUGAGUUAAGGCUAGAAAGGCAAGAAGGCUUUGAAACAGGAGAGGCUUUGCUCAUCAGAAAACUUCCAGAGAUGGUAUUUGUCUGUACUUCCUCUUGAACUUCCUCCAUGAUACAGUUUUCAUUGCUUAUAUAGCUUGAGUGGCUGAAUGGGGACCAUUCUUAAUAGAAAUUAAUUACAUGGUUUUCUCAAAAAAAAAAAAAAAAAAAGUAGCAGUUCUAAUGUAAUAAUCUAA